AAAACGGUGGACUGCAUGACCACCAUGUCGGUGCCCUCCACCCUGGUGAAGUGUCUGUAUCUGUUCUUUGACCUUCCUCACAUGGAAGAGGCCCCUGGGGCCACACAGAGCCCUGAGCUGCCACUAGCUGACCGCCGGGCCUUGCUACAGAAGGUAUUUGUACAGGUCAGUAAUCAACCCUUACCCACCUAUCCCCUAGUCCCUAGGCUGAGACAGCUGCUCUGAUUGGAUAGAGCCAAGCUGUCUCAUUUCACUCCUUUCAUAUUUCGCCCCAACCACGUCUCAUCGCACUUCUUUCAGUUUUCACAUGCAACAACUGUAGUUUAGACCAUGACCACAACUACUGACCACAACUACUGACCACAACCACACAACUACUGAACCACACACCUACUGACCAAAACUGGGGCCGGUUGCACCAGUUGGGCGUUAAAAAGUUGGUCUUAAAUGCUAGGUCGGGCGUAGAUACGUCCUACUUUGGGAUCAGAAUUUACACCUGUUGCACCCACCAAAAGUAAGACUAGUCGUAGCUAAGACCGGUGAAAGCCAUGUGCGUUCAUGAGAUUAGAUUCCUUAUAGGGAUGUUGCUAGGCAGCGGCCGUUACUAGGGUGUUACCAUCCUCGUGGCAGUUCUAAACUUUGCGAGGCCAUGUCUCACCACUACGCAUCCACGUUUUAUUAACUGGAUGGCUCAAUCAAUAAUUACUGUGGGAAUGAAUAUCACAGAAUGAUGAAACUAUUGGAAUAAACUAGUCUAAUGCCAUUGAAGGUAUUUAUCAUGUUGUUGCUUUACUGAAACUCCCCAAAGUCAUCCAACCGUUUUAAAUACUUUAAAGCAAUAGUCACGUGUGGGACAGCGUUAUCGCGCUGCUUUGAUACAAGCGUGGGGACUCGUCUUGAUAAAUCAAUCAAUGUCAGAUUUUUGUAUUGACGGAAUCUCUAUUUGGAUAUUUGGUUACAAUUAGGCUGGGGAAAUGUUAGUCAGAUGGAGGUGAGUGUUCACGAUGAUGAUCUUUUAGUUCAGUUUGAAACGUCUAACAGUGUUAUCAGAACAUUUUGCUAGCAUGUUAUGUAGUCUAGUCUAUAUCCCGACUGAAAGCCCUCGACUUGUCUCAUAAUCAAUAAAGGAUUUUGUUUCACUGAAUCUCCGUCUGUAUAUUUGGUGAUUUGAUCUCUGGCUGAGCAAAUAAGUGGAGGUGGCAGCACAUCUAUUAGUUUGAUACUAUCUGAUCAGACACAUUUAGCAUGCUAUAAUGUAACAUAAAUCAAGUCUAUCAUUUUGCUAUUGAUUCACACGUAGGCAACUCGAAAAGCCCACGGAGGUGGGAAAUAUGAACACCAGACUCACUCAUAGAAAACAUUUUAGUUACGACCCACUGGUGCAACCGGCCCCUACUGACCACAACUACUGACCACAACCACACAACUACUGACCACAACUACUGACCACAACCACACAACUACUGACCACAACUACUGACCACAACUACUGACCACAACUACUGACCACAACUACUGACCACAACCACUGACCUCAACUACUGACCACAACUACUGACCACAACCACUGACCUAAACUACUGACCACAACUACUGACCACAACCACUGACCUAAACUACUGACCACAACUACUGACCACAACCACUGACCACAACUACUGACCACAACCACUGACCACAACUACUGACCACAACCACUGACCACAACUACUGACCACAACUACUGACCACAACCACUGACCUAAACUACUGACCACAACUACUGACCACAACCACUGACCUAAACUACUGACCACAACUACUGACCACAACCACUGACCACAACUACUGACCACAACCACUGACCACAACUACUGACCACAACCACUGACCACAACUACUGACCACAACCACUGACCACAACUACUGACCACAACCACUGACCACAACUACUGACCACAACCACUGACCACAACCACUGACCUCAACUACUGACCACAACCACUGACCACAACCACUGACCACAACCACUGACCACAACUACUGACCACAACUACUGACCACAACUACUGACCACAACUACUGACCACAACCACUGACCACAACCACUGCCCUCAACUACUGACCACAACUACUGACCACAACUACUGACCACAACCACUGACCACAACUACUGACCACAACCACUGACCACAACCACUGCCCUCAACUACUGACCACAACUACUGACCACAACUACUGACCACAACCACUGACCACAACUACUGACCACAACCACUGACCACAACUACUGACCACAACCACUGACCACAACCACUGACCACAACUACUGACCACAACCACUGACCACAACCACUGCCCUCAACUACUGACCACAACUACUGACCACAACUACUGACCACAACUACUGACCACAACCACUGACCACAACUACUGACCACAACCACUGACCACAACUACUGACCACAACUACUGACCAGAGAACGUGUUUCCAUUGCUCCUACUAUAACCAGUCACUACCACUACUAUAACUAUAACCAGUCACUACCACUACUAUAACUAUAACCAGUCACUACCACUACUAUAACUAUAACCAGUCACUACCAUUACUAUAACUAUAACCAGUCACUACCACUACUAUAACUAUAACCAGUCACUACCAUUACUAUAACUAUAACCAGUCACUACCACUACUAUAACUAUAACCAGUCACUACCACUACCACUACUAUAACUAUAACCAGUCACUACCACUACUAUAAACUAUAAACCAGUCACUACCACUACUAUAACUAUAACCAGUCACUACCACUACUAUAACUAUAACCAGUCACUACUACUACUAUAACUAUAACCAGUCACUACCACUACUAUAACUAUAACCAGUCAUUACCACUACUAUAACUAUAACCAGUCACUACCACUACUAUAACUAUAACCAGUCACUACCACUACUAUAACUAUAACCAGUCACUACCACUACUAUAACUAUAACCAGUCACUACCACUACUAUAACUAGUCACUACCAUUACUAUAACUAUAACCAGUCACUACCACUACUAUAACUAUAACCAGUCACCAUUACUAUAACUAUAACCAGUCACUACCACUACUAUAACUAUAACCAGUCACUACCACUACUAUAACUAUAACCAGUCACUACCACUACUAUAACUAGUCACUACCAUUACUAUAACUAGUCACUACCAUUACUAUAACUAGUCACUACCAUUACUAUAACUAUAACCAGUCACUACCAUUACUAUAACCAGUCACUACCACUACUAUAACUAUAACCAGUCACUACCACUACUAUAACUAUAACCAGUCACUGCCACUACUAUAACUAUAACCAGUCACUACCACUACUAUAACUAUAACCAGUCACUACCAUUACUAUAACUAUAACCAGUCACUACCACUACUAUAACUAUAACCAGUCACUACCAUUACUAUAACUAUAACCAGUCACUACCACUACUAUAACUAUAACCAGUCACUACCACUACUAUUACUAUAACCAGUCACUACCACUACUAUAACUAUAACCAGUCACUACCACUACUAUAACUAUAACCAGUCACUACCACUACUAUAACUAGUCACUACCAUUACUAUAACUAGUCACUACCAUUACUAUAACUAUAACCAGUCACUACCAUUACUAUAACUAUAACCAGUCACUACCAUUACUAUAACUAUAACCAGUCACUACCACUACUAUAACUAUAACCAGUCACUACUACUAUAACUAUAACCAGUCACUACCAUUACUAUAACUAUAACCAGUCACUACCACUACCAUCCAUUUAUCUGAGAGUGUUGUCCACAUGAUCCCACCUUUUCUACCCGUCUCCUGACAGAACAUCUCUGUCCUGUGUCUGUCUGUCUUUCACUUUUCACACUCAACAACUGUAGUUUAGACAUUUAUGUGAUCUAACUGCCCCACAAUCCAAAAUAAUAAGGUUGAUAUAGUAGUCUGUUAAAGUAAUCAGACCAAUUAUUUUACUACAUUUAACUUUGACUAUAUGUUACUGCUUUAAAGGCAAACAUUAUUUUUUUUAAACUUCUUCCACGACCACAAAAAAAAUACUUUCAGAGCUAAAGAAAGCCCCACAAAGUGACCAUCUAGUUUUAAUAAAAUGAUUACAUAAUUAAAUAAAUGAUUCCUCUUAGAUCCUGGUGAAGCUGUGUAGCUUCGUCUCCCCUGCGGAGGAGCUGGCCCAGAAAGACGACCUGCAGCUACUCUUCUCUGCCAUCACAUCCUGGUGCCCCUCCCACAACCUACCCUGGAGGAAGAGCGCCGGCCAGAUCCUCACCACCAUCUCACGACACGGCCUCAGCGUCAACGUCGUCAAGUACAUCCACGGUGAGUUUAGGUUUAGGGUUGGUGCUAUUAGGAGGUUAGUAGGCAGAACAAUCUGAGGACUGGCUGAUUUGUAAUGGAACAUUAUCAAACACCUGGUUUCCACAUGGAAGGUGUAUGAUACCGUUCAAUUUAUUCCAUUCCAGCCAAUCGGCCGAUUGCUCCCUCCACACUAGCAGUCGCACGACGAUGACAAGCAAAGUUGGUAUGUGGUGUGUUUCAAUUAGAUCCGUAAAACUUUAUGCACAUGUAUGAUAUGAACCCCCCCCCCCCCCCCCCCCCCCCCCCCCCAGAGAAAGAAUGCCUGGCCACGUGCAUACAGAACAUGCAGCAGUCAGAUGACCUUUCACCUUUAGAGAUCGUAGAGAUGUUUGCUGGUCUGUCCUGCUUCCUGAAGGACUCCAGCGACGUCUCUCAGACCCUGCUGGACGACUUCAGGAUGUGCAAGGGAUAUACAUUCCUCUGUGACCUCAUGCUCAGGUCAGUAGAUCAGAGGAGAGAGGAAACAGAGAGUGUGCAUGUGAGCGUGUGAGUUUAUUUAUUUAUUUAUUUUUUUAUUUCACCUUUAUUUAACCAGGUAAACCAGUUGAGAACAAGUUCUCAUUUACAACUGCGACCUGGCCAAGAUAAAGCAAAGCAGUGCGAUUAAAAACAACAACACAGAGUUACAUAUGGGGUAAAACAAAACAUAAAGUCAAAAAAUACAACAGAAAAUAUAUAUACAGUGUGUGCAAAUGUAGCAAGUUAUGGAGGUAAGGCAAUAAAUAGGCUAUAGUGCAAAAUAAUUACAAUUAGUAUUAACACUGGAAUGAUAGAUGUGCAAGAGAUGAUGUGCAAAUAGAGAUACUGGGGUACAAAAGAGCAAAAUAAAUAACAAUAUGGGGAUGAGGUAGUUUGGGCUAAUUUCAGAUGGGCUGUGUACAGGUGCAGUGAUCGGUAAGGUGCUCUGACAACUGAUGCCUAAAGUUAGUGAGGGAACGUGAGCUUUGUUUUACCCCCCCCCCCAAGCUGGAGCAGGCCAAGGAGAAGGGCAGUAAUAAUGCUCUAAUCAUAGUGUUGAUAUUAACCACUUCCUCUUCAUCACCCCCCCCCCCCCCCCAGAUUGGAGCAGGCCAAAGAGGAGGACAGCAGUGAUGCUCUGAAGGACUUGGUCAACCUGGUCACGUGUCUGACCACCUACGGCGUGACGGAGCUCAAACCGGCCGGUCUCACCACCGGAGCUCCCUUCCUCUUGCCUGGCUUUGUACUCCCACAGCCUUCUGGGAAAGGUACAGUCCUCCGA